AUGACACACUUAGAUUCUAUGAUUCAGCUCUUACUUGACGAAGGUACCUUGGUUCUUGAGAGUGACCGCGAAGAACCAUUGUGCAUCACAAAUCACGACAUCCUUCGAAUGAACACUGCGACUCUCGAAGAUUCUUUGAGUGCAGGGACCUUGAAUUGGGAUACCACGAUUCAUGGUGUUCUCUAUCUAUCUAUUCAAUCAGCACUCUCCGCUCGAUGUGGUGAUAUUCUAGCUGAUUUGGAUGAUGAAAAGUGCCUUAGGUGCGAGGAAGUACGCAUCGUCCUCAAAAUUGUGGAAGGCAGGGAAGGUCUUUGGGCCACCUUUAAGCUAAAACACUGCAAAGGGGCCAAGGGUGUACGAGAAACUCAGAGGACGAUCGAACUUGGCCAAGUCCACGACAAUAAGUUCAACGCCUGUUGCCCCAUCUCCCUGCUCAUAAUCUGGUCUCUUCGCAUUGGCGCUGUUAAGGAGACGAGUUGGGAGGAAUUGAUCUCCAACAUGAGAAAGAGACCCGCCCAUGUUCUUGUUUGGGGCCGACCAGAUAUGCCGGUGUUCUGCUCCAUAACACCAGACACUACAUUGAAGCUCAGCACGCCUGCUUCUACUGACGUCGGCAAGCCAAUACUCAGAACUGCGGCUCAGACUACAGGUCUCCUCGCCAUACCUCACACGUAUGACAUACGGAGAGGAAGCGGAAGAGAGCUUGUUCAUCUCCCAUCUCUGGGUGACGACAAUUGCGAUGUUGCACGGAAAGUUCUGGGUCAUACUCGCAAUUCCCUUCCAAAUGGAGUGACAGAUCUCUACAUUGUAGUCUCAGGUAUUGACAACUUGGAACAUCCGACUGGCGCUGAAGCAUCCUUUGCCUGGAGAUACCCAUGCACUCAUUGA